AUGGAACCAGGUAUGAAUGGCGCACGAGAUCCGCGGGGUCCUCCCCGAACGAACAAGCCGGCCGAGUAUGGUCAGCACCCCAUCCACGAGACUGCCACGAGGCCGCUACACAUCGUGAUUGUUGGCGCCGGGCCAUCCGGGAUCGCGCUAGCUAUCCAGUUGAAAUCACUGCCUCACGUUACGUACCAGGUCCUCGAGAAGAACCCCGAUGUUGGCGGCACGUGGUUCGAGAAUAGGUAUCCCGGCGCUGCCUGUGACGUCGCCAGCCAUGCGUACCAAUACACGUUUGCCUCGAAUCCCAACUGGAGUCAUCACUUCGCACCGGCUGAAGAGAUAGGCCAGUAUUUCAAGUCAGUUGCCACAAAAUAUGACCUGUACGAUUCUAUCAAGAUGAAUACCGAGGUAACGAGGGCCGAAUGGGAUGAGAAAGCGGGGAUGUGGACUAUCGAUGCUGUCGAUCGUGCUACGGGAGAGCGCUCGCGAGUGACAGGGGACAUCUUCGUCAACGCGGGCGGCAUUCUCAAUGCCUGGAAAUGGCCAGAGAUUGAUGGGCUCAAGGCCUUUGAUGGGCCGUGUCUACAUACGGCUGCUUGGGACCCUUCGGUCAAUCUGCAAGGCAAAAAAAUAGGGGUGAUUGGCUCCGGUGCGACUGGCGUCCAGCUUGUGCCCCAGCUGCAAAAGGACGCCGCUUCUGUGACGGUUUUUGUCCGGAGUCCCAGUUAUAUCCUACCCAAUGUCGGAUUUGGGAUCGAAGCAUCCUCCUACAAUGAGAGAUAUAGCGAGCAGCAGAAGCAAGCUUUUCGGAACGACGCCGAUGCCUACACUCAAUUUCGAAAAGCAGUGGAGCAGCAGAUGAACGAGAACUUUUCUGCCAGUAUCAAAGGCUCUGCUGCCCAGCACAAAGCUCGCAAUUGGGCAGAAAAGGCAAUGAGGGAAGCGCUAGUUUCCAAGGAGCUGCAAGACAAGCUUAUUCCAAACUGGGUGCUUGGCUGCCGCCGAAUAACACCAGGCCUUCCGUACCUCAAGGCCGUCCAGGAAGCAAACGUGGAGAUCGUCCGAAUGCCUAUCGACCGAAUCUCAGAAAGAGGAGUCCACGCGAAGGGCGGUGCUCUACAUGAAUUUGACGUCCUUGUUUGCGCCACCGGGUUUGACACGUCGUUCCGUCCUCGCUAUCCAAUCCUAGGACGCAAUCAGGUCGACUUGCGGGACUUGUGGUGCAAACAGUCACCCGAGGCCUACCUGGGACUCGCAGUCUCUGGAUUUCCGAACUAUUUCACCAUUCUGGGUCCGAAUUGCCCGAUUGCAAAUGGGUCUUUGAUCCCUUGUAUUGAAUGGAGUGCGAAAUACAUCUGCCAGGCCGUGCAGAAGGUGCAAAGAUGUCAAAUCCGUACCAUCGACGUGAAGCUCGAGAUGCAAAAGUCACUGAACGAGUACAUGCACAACGUCCAUAAAGACCUCGUUUGGACUGGAAACUGUGUCAGUUGGUACAAGGACAGAAGCACUGGAAAAGUGACUGCUGUCUGGCCAGGAUCUAGCAUCCAUUACAUGGAGAGCAUUGAGUCACCCCGGUGGGAGGACUUUGAGAUUGAAUACUGCAACCGCAAUCCAUACACCUUUCUCGGCAACGGGGUGUCGCAGAGGGAAGCAAAGAGGGAAGAUCUGGCGUUCUAUCUGGCGUAG